AUGGACGAAUUUAGCGAUUCCGGCGAGUUGUACACCAUCAGAAACCAGUUUUUCACAAGUCAGCAUCACAAGGUUGUUUCAUACUCAUUGGACUCCUUUGCUCAUGAAAAUAAACUCAGAGUUUUGGAAUUCCAAGUGAGAUCUAGUGUUGCCUUGUCCCAAGAUGCUUCUCAGUUGAUUGACCAAGGAAAGCUGAUUUUCCCAGAACUGACUCAUGUUUUCGAUGUUUUGCAAGCUUGGAACGAUUUGAUGACUUUUGGCAUUGACGAAUCCACUUACUUUGACGAUGUUGUGGAUGCUGAGUUUGAGUUGCAGGCCAGUCUAACCGCUCUCUACUACGUCAAAUUCAAGAAGGACAUUCCCCUGGCCAUCCAGCUUCUCGUGAAGUACACAAACUACAACACAAACAACGUCAAGGAGUUGGAGCCAUACUUGAUCCUCGUUCAGUUGUACUUGAUCAGGGAGAACUUCUCUGAUGCCGACAAGAUCUACAAGAGCUUCCAAAACUUCCCACCACAGGCCAGAGACAACAUCAUCUACCAGGUGUUGGAGAGCUGGAUCUUGUCUAUCAAGGGCGAGUCCGACAACAUCUCCAACUCAUACUACUUUUACGACGAGAUGUUGUCCUCGGACUUUGACGACGAUCCCCAGGGCAAGUUCCGUAUUUUGAACGUCUUACUUGUUAUGACAUUGCAAUUGAAGCACUUCCCAGAAGCCAAGGAGUUGUUGAACCAAAUCAAUGCUCUCAACUACAAGGGUAACGAGAAUGACGACUUCAUUGCCAACCAGGUGACGUUUGACUACCUCACCAACGGUGGCGCUAACGUUUCUGCAUUGUUGCAGCGUUUGAAAGAGGCCAACGCCGAGCACCAGUUGCUCACCGACUUGGAGGACAAGAACGCCAAGUUCGACGAAAUCGUGAACAAGUACCUGGCUGCUACAUAG